UCCUAGGUGUUCUCCCAGGACCUCCUCUAGGGACCCGCUGAUGUCCUAGGACCUCCUCUAGGGACCUCCUGAUGUCCCAGGUGUUCUCCUAGGACCUCCUCUAGGGACCUCCUCUAUGGGACCUCCUCUAGGGACCUCCUGAUGUCCUAGGUGUUCUCCCCGGACCCCCUUUGGGACUUCCUGUGGUGUGUUUGAGUGAAUCUAGGAUGUCCUCUGGUGUUUCAGUGCUUCUCCAAGAACUGCAUUGGUGUUUUAAACCUCCUUUGGUGUUCCCGGGCUCCUCCAGAACCUCCGGAACAUGCUGUCCCUAUAGGUGUGCUUCCCCCUCCUGUAGGAGAUCCAGCUCCCCCUGAUCCUGAACCUGGCGUAGCUCCCCCUCGUCCACCUCGUCCACCUCGUCCACCUCGUCUCCCGUCCCUCAUGGAUCCAGCCUGCUCCCAGUUCCUGGCCCGACUCCUGCAGGAGCUGGAUCCCCCCAGCACCAGCAGCAGCAGGAUGACGUUCCCGGACCUGUGCACCUCGCUGUGCGCUCGCUUCGACCUGCUCCACCUGCUGAAGAUCCACAGCCUGCUGUUCCAGACGGCCAGCAUGGACCCCGCCUUCCCCGUCACGCUGUUCCAGGACAGGAUGUGCUCCUCCUCCUCCUGCUCAGAGGAGGACGGGCCGCAGAAGAAGAAGCUGAUGGUGGCGGCGGACAUCGUGGCCAUGUUGAACCUGAUCCAGAUGGGCGGGGAGGAGCUGGCGCCCAAGCUGCACAGGCCCGGUCACCGCAAGGACGGGGACGGGGACGGGGGGGUCACGUAUGACCGCUUCAGCAAUAAAGAUCAGCACCAGCUCGGCCCCCCUCCAGCCGGCUCCUCCUGCGACUGCCAUGCAUUAAUUCACACCUCUGAUCCAAACUUCCUGUUGAAACGUGGCGCGCCCCCUCAGGACCAGCUACAGGACCUGCCCCAGAAGUCUGUCUGUCCGCCCCCCCCCGACCUGCGUAGGUCUUACUUCCCCUCCGAUGCAGACAGCGAGUCGGUGACCGACCAGGAGUCCCUGCAGACGGUCGUCCCUCCGGACAGCGUCCAGUCCUGCGGCCAUCGGAGGAACGUCUUCAAGCAGGAGCACCAACACCUCCUGGACGUCUCACCACAGGUUAUCACCAGAGAUGUGAAACAGACCAGUAAAGAUGCUCUGAGAAAGAGGGACAUGCACAAACCGGCUACCUUCUUCAACCACAGCUUUGAACUGCCCUACAGUAAUCCCUACUUUGAACCAGAAGUCCACUUUCCACCCCAGGACAGACUGAGGGUGAAGCAUGAGAGUUUGGAUGACCUCCAGGCAUCCACAUACUUUGGUCCCACGACAUCUACAGAUCACGUCACCCUCAGAAAGUACGGAAACAGAGCGGGGAAACCGUCGGCCUGGCCGGUCAAAAGUCUCAGUCUCAAUACAGAAGAGGCUCCGCCUGCCUUUCAGAGGCCUUUCUUGAAAACUAAAGCUCUUCAACAAAGUCCCUCCUGCAGCAUCAGGGUCAUCAACACCGAUGAUGAACUGCAGUUCCGUCACCUGAAAGAUAAGGGUGUGGAGUCCCCCGGCAUUGUGAAGAGAGUCGCAGUGAUGGCCAAACCGGACAGACGGUUGAAAGACAAAAGCCCGAUGGGUGCAUCGUUUCAGGGAGGAGACUGCACCUCCAGUGUUGGGACUCAGACUGAGCAGGGGAACCAGAAGAAGGCCCGAGACCUCCCGUCCAAGUUCAAGGACAGAGAGAGACAUCAGCUGAAACACUCAGAAGAAGACUCAGACGUCAUCAGCGAAAGCAUCAGCGACAUUUUCCGCUUCCUGGAUGAUAUGAGUGUCUGUGACUCUCUGGGCAUCAUCCAGUCGUCGGGCCACAACAGCACCGCCUCCCUUUCUCAGGGAACGCUGAAGUCGGACAACAGCUCACCCGAGCACAGCACCGUCAAGCUGGCCAAGUCCAAGCUGGACCGCCUCUUCCAGUCUCUGGAAAGCUCCGACGAUGAGCUCAAGCUGAGCGUGUGCAAGCUGGUGAUGAGGAUUGGGGAGAUUGAGAAGAAGCUGGAGUCUCUGUCCGGGGUCCGCAGCGAGAUCUCUGAGGUUCUACUGAAGCUCAACAAGUUGGAUGAGAAGAUCCAAGAGCCCAAGGUGCCAGAGGCCAGGGAGCGCCAACAGAGCAGGACGGCAGCGUCUGCGUCCAUCUCAGCCCCGGAGGAACUUCCUCCACAUGCCAACAGCAGCCUCCCGGCCCAUGUCUUCCAGUGCCAUACGACCGGUCACAACAGGAAGUGGGACUUUGGGCUGGCGGGGGAGCAGGCCUGCCCCGAUAGGGCCGACAAGGCCGACGGCCUCAGGAUGAAGGCUCUGAAGAGGAGCUUGUUCACCGCCCGCUCGUCCCGCUCCCUCAACGAGGAGAACAGCGCCACCGAGUCCAAGGUCGCCAGCAUCACCAACUCUCCGUGUGACUGGAGGGCGGUGCCCCACCCCCACAUCCCGCCGGACAACAGCAUGGACGGGGACAGGGAGCCGCAGAGCAAGGCAUCGGACAGACGCCGCAAAGCUAAACAGGUGGAGCGAGACCACCACUACGAGCUCUCCCAUCCGCAGAGGCCGCCCAAACCAGCAGCACAGUCCUACGUGAUGGAGGACGUGUUUUCACCACAUCCCUUCUCCCCCUCCAUCCAAGCCCAGACUAAAGACAGACUCCUGGACGCCAACCUGAGGCUGAGUGUCCUCUCAGACGGAAAGCACAGCCAGUCGUUCUGGACCGCCCAGGGCUGUCGCAGCAGCCCGGGAGACAAGGGAAACCCGGUGCAGACCCAAGAGUCCCUGAAUCCCAACAACUUGGAGUACUGGAUGGAGGACGUCUACACACCAGGCUUUGAUUCGCUGCUGAAGAGGAAGGAAGCAGAAUUCAAGAGGGUGAAGGCAUGUAAAAUUGGAGCUUUGAUUGCAGCCGCCGCCUGCACCGUGGUCCUGGUCAUCGUUGUUCCAAUCUGCACCUUGAAGUCCUGAGGAGACCAGGAUACUGGCGUUGGUCUUGUUCCUGUGGAGGGGGUAGUUGUGCAGCACACCCUCCAACAUUAUGAACACUGCAGAAAUGAAGUAUGUAACAUAUACUGUAUAUUCAUUCAGUGAACAGUUAGUGAUUAUUGUGAGAGCAUCUGAUGAUUGAGUUAAAGACAGAACUAGAAUCAAUUUAAACACAAAUGAUGUCAUGUAUUUGUGAGUUUCUGUGAGAACUGCUGUUCACAAGGUUCACACCUGAGUGUGAAUUUAAUCAAUAACAAGCAUCUGCAGUCAUGAUAUUUGUGUGACAUUUUUGAAUAUUUUAAUUCAAUAGAAGAAGUAGUAAAGAUGUUUUACAGGCACGUGGCUGUGCCAUUUAAGUGAAUGUAAUUAUAAUGUCAAAGGAAUGACUCAAGAACAACUAUGAAUGUCGCUGCCUUCUCUUCGUAUUUCUGGAAGGUAACCAGCUGAUGAAAAAGUGCUCUGGUUCUGUAUUAGUUCUUUUGUAGUUGGUGAGGAUCAUCUGAGAUGAUUCGGAACUAGAGAACAACCUUGAAUAUGCUUUAUCUUAUAUUUUUCUUAAAAUGUAACCAGCCAUCACUUUGUCUGAUCUUGAUGGAAAAAGUGCUACAUUUUGGCAUUAAUUCUGUUAUGCUUGGAUUAUCUCACAGAAUUAAGAGUUAGUAAAGUUUAUUUAGGAGCUAAGAGCUACUGAAUACUUUGUCUGUUUUUCUGAAAAGUAAGUAACCAGCCGUCAGAUUGUCUACUGAUCCUGAUGAAGUGCGCUAGUUUUGGGUUAGUUCUGUUCUGUUCAGUAAGGAUCACGUUGAUACAGACUUGAGUAAACUGGAAAUGAUCCCUGAUCAGGUUGUUAUUUACUCCUUUAUAUGAAAUGCAGUACAUCAUUUUCCUGACUGACAUUUCUGCCUCUUUAUGGACUUGAUGAGUUUUUUCCCCUUCAGAUGUGGUGAAAUAGUAACUGAGCCUCUCACAGAACAUACAAACAUUCUGAUUUGACAGAUCUUUGUAUCGUAGGUACUGUUGUUUUCCAGCAUCUUUUAACCAUCAUCACAUGUGAAAGCACUGACCUCCAAGAGUUGCUCUAUUAAAAUGUCACUGAUUGAAAUAAGUCUUCAAUUACCUUUUACAUUUCAUUUCCUUAAGUAUGACAUCAGCAUAUUUCAUGUUUUCGUUGACAGCUUUAUUUUGUUUGAUAUACAUCCAGUUUUGUCAGAACUACCACACAGUUAGGACAUGCUGUGACAGCAUACACUUCACUUUCUAACAUUGCCAUUUAUUCCCACAUCACAAAUCCAGGUUGUCUGCAGCGGAGGGGGAAAUUUGUAUCUCACACCACAACCUACGUUGAUUGCUUUCAAUUUCCAAUUUCUGAUUAGGUUGGUUAAUGUUUACCUUUAUACUCUAGUAACCAUACCCUCCAGACUAGUAACCCUACCCUCCACUCUAGUAACUAUACCCUUCAGACUAUUAACCAUACCCUCCAGA